CUUUUUGCCAACAAACGAAACAAACUCGACGACGACGCAGCGCUGCAUGGGUUGUGAUGCCCAGUGACAGUGCCAUUCAUGCCGUAGAAAGAGACCACCACGGCAGAUACAUAAUCGUUUUAUAAUUUCCUUUUGCCAUGCAGCAACGACCACGUCCCCGAAGACCCCGACCCAGCAACACUAGCAAUAGCUCGGACGACGAGCCAGCAUCCCGCAAGAAUCCUCCCAGCAUUGACCACACAGCUUUACCCGAUCCCGCAGAGUACGCCAGUCUCCGCUGUCGACCGCGUCACAAUCCUCGUCGACGAGGAUUUUCCACCUGCAUUGAUCUUCUGCUCAAGUGUGCCGCUUUUGGCGUGGUCAUUCUGUGGGGUAUGCUGGUCUGGGAGAUUUUUAUACCCGAGCAGAAACAGAGGGUUUAUGUUUGUACUCUUGGCGUGACACUCAUCCCCGUGUUUCUGGCAUUCAUCACGGCGGUAAAACCCAAUAAACCCAUUCAUCAACGUCUCACGCCAGUGGUAGUGGUGGGAACUAUUGUCGCUGGGAGGUUUCCGGCAUGGUUCAAUGCCUCUGUGGCUGCUGUAUUACUGUUUCUAUAUGCUUGGGUCACUCGGCCAGAAUCGGCAAGUGUGGUGGAUACUCAUCAUAAAAAAGAAGACGACGUCAAAAGCGAUGAUGACAAAAAAGACGCCGAGGAUACUACGGACGAGGAAACGAAAAAAUUACUAUCGACAACAACCGCAACGAGCAAACCCAAACAACAACAAAGUGCCCUGGGGACCAUGAGUCGGCAGGAUCAAUUGAACUACACCAAAGCAGCCAUGUGUGGAUUCCUCAUGGGAGCGGUAUUUUUCACGGAAAACUUUUUCAUUUGGGUCGUUAGUGCUACCUAUGAAGCAAGUUGGAAUCCACAGACGGCCCCCGAUCCAUUGCAAGACAAUGGCCAACGGGUCAUGAAAGCCUUGUUUGAUUCCCUGGAUUUGACCAAACGGGAAGUUGUAUCCAUGAGACGCGUCUGGAAUACCCAAUUCGCUCUCGUGGUCGCAGUCGGAGUGAUUCUCGGUACCAUGGAUUAUCAUCCCACACGACAACUCUGGAGUUUGUCCAGUCGAACGUUGCUGACUCUUUCCUGUGCUCGGAUGCUGCGAGUCGUGGCAUUUCUCUUGACAGUCCUGCCGAGUCAAAACAAACGCUGCUACAUGCAGCAUUUCCCCUAUCCACCACCCACCGAUUGGGGUGAAUGGAUCUUUGAAGGAUUCAAACCUGCAAGUCAUGGUGGAUGCAAUGAUCUCAUUGUGAGUGGGCAUGCCACAGUGACGUCGACGAUGGCGGCGGUGUCCAUUAGCAUGGCGGAAGAUUCUCUCUUUAGUUUUGCCGUUUGCUGGCUGUUGGCCAUGGAUUACGCCGUGGAAAUAUACGAAGGAUUCCAUUACAGUGUCGACAUGUGGAUGGGAGCCAUUCUGUGUGGUCUCCUGUGGAGAGUUUGGAAACCCGUGGAAGACAACAAUAUGGAACGAAACAAGGUAACACUGCAAGAUAUUGUCAAACGGCUGCAGAAUGAUCGAUUGACGUUCCGAGACAUUGUGGAAUAUGGAGGACCCGCCACGAUAUCCUUUCUACAAGUGACGAUUAUACCAGAGGUCAUGGCCAACUUUGUCAUGGCUGGAUUCUUGGCGGCUUGUGUGGCGCAGAUUGUGGUCCAAGGCUUUCAGCAGUACACAAAGUACUUGUUCUUCUGUGUCAUCUACAUGUCCGUGGGAAUAUACCUGUAGUAGAAUGUUGCUCGGAAGGAGUUGGCAUGGAAUGAUUGGUAAAAUCUUGAGUUGAAUUCAGGUUUUAACGCAAAUGAAUGGAGUGUCGGUAGAGCGAAUGUAGGAAGCAACGAAUAGGAAUUGGAAUAGUAGAGACCAUAACAAACGAGUGUGCAAACAGGUCAAUUUUGUAGCGCCCAUCCCAGUG